CAUCACGUCCCAUUCACCCCGCCUGGAAUCCGACGUGACUGGAUUUUUGUUGUUGGCUACGCAAUGCCACUCACUUCAAGCCUCCGCGAGUGCUGCUGAACGCUUCGUAUCGUACCCUUUUCGGCUCGACCGUCUUAGAUGAUGCUCGCCCAAGGCAUGCGGUAGUAAACAGCUGGCCCACCGCUCACCAUGGAAGCCUUCAACUUUGCGACGUCUCUCGAUUUGACGGAGCUGUCGGUACAUGUUCGAAUAGAUCGUCUUGAUGGGAACCAGAAGCCUAUCCCCUACUCGGUGUUGCUCAAGCGCCCAGAUUUAAGACAUAGAGCUUCAAGCAACAACCCCCACUUUGAGCUCUACGUUACCACCCAGAUAUGGGCCGACAGCAAGCCGCUCACCGUCCCCGUCCAAACCGCGUACAAGUCGUUCAAGAACGCAAGAAUAUGGAACGAGUGGCUACAACUGCCUGUCACGUACUCGAACCUGCCCGCAUCCGCACAGCUCGCCAUCACCGUCUGGGAUCUGUCGCCUGCCGAGGACAAGGAUUCGAACUUGCACGCUGUGCCAUUCGGCGGCACUACAAUACCGCUGUUCGACAAGGACAACGUAUUGCAGAAAGGCAGGCAGCGGUGUAGGAUCCAUCGUUUCAAGGCGGCCGAUGGCUUGACCAACACCACGACGCCGUGGGUCAUACCACCGGCGCGGAAGAGCAGGAAAGCCCAGGUGGUGGAAGAUACAGUCGAUGAGCAAGUCGCAGAGAUGCAGAGACUGGAGGAACUUCUGAAGAAGCAGGAAAUGGGAGAUCUGCCCACCAACAGCUGGCUUGACGCACUCGUCUAUAAGAAGAUGAUGAAGAUAAAGAGCGAGGCACUCAAGGCGGAAGCGUCCGCGUUGAACCGUCAAAGCAAGACAAAUGGGACGAAUGGUUCUGUAGAGGGCGACGAGGAAGAACUCUUCUACCUGGAUAUUGAGCUCCCGCGCUUCGACCAUGCCAUUGUAUUUACGGACGUCGAGUACCCUCCACCUCCUGUGUCAGACCUAAGACUACCCGCUGAAGCAGACGUAAGGUUGCGACCGCCACCUGAAGUAUCGUUCGGGCCCGGCAUAGAUAUAGACGGUGUUGGCUAUGGCGAUGCUGACGCGGGUCGGUUGAUCAAGAUCUACGACCCAGAGAUCGGAAGAAGGGCCAACCCAGCCGAGGACAAGCAUCGUGAAUUGAUGCGUAGUCAACAAACAGACUCGCUGGACCGGGACAGAAAGCCUAACGUGCACGUCCGAGAUAAGCUGAACCUACUACUGUCAAAGGGCCCGCUCGAAGAGAUCACAUCCCACGAGCGAGACGACAUUUGGAAGUUCCGAUACUUUCUCCUUCGCGACAAGCGAGCCUUGACCAAGUUUGUCAAGUGCGUCAACUGGAAGAGCCCAAGGGAAGCACGUCAAGCAGCACCCCUUCUCGACAAGUGGGCAGAGAUUGAUGUUGACGAUGCUCUUGAAUUGCUCGGACCUCACUUCGAUCACCCAGUUGUACGCAGCUACGCCGUCGAGCGCCUAAAAAAAGCGGAUGAUGAAGAGUUGCAGCUCUACCUCCUGCAGUUAGUACAGGCCCUGAAGUAUGAGGCUCCAGGCGAAGGCGAUGAUUCCUCGUUGGCACUCUUCCUGGUUACGCGCGCAGCCAACAGCUUUACAUUGGGUAACUUCCUCCAUUGGUACCUAAUGGUCGAAAUCAGCGAUUUCAGCACUGAUCAGGAGCCUGAACACCGCGAUUUGUUCGCCAAAAUCGAGUACGAUUUCAUGGUCGAGCUCGAAAAGACGCCAGAAGGCGUCGAGACGCGGAACACCUUCCGUCGGCAAGGCGAGCUACUCACCGUUCUGGCAAAGAUAUCAAAAGAUGUUCGCUUUGGCGGUGGGGAUAGACCAACGAAACUCGCACGCCUCAAGAAAGCAUUAGCAGAUCCCAAGAACGAGCUUGCAAACUUCGAACCACUACCGCUACCCCUUGAUCCUUCCGUGUAUAUUACCGGUAUCCACACUGACGACUGCAACGUCCUGAAAUCCUCCCUUCUCCCCAUGGUCCUGAGCUUCAAGACAACAACCGACGCGAAAUACCCAAUUAUUUUCAAAACCGGUGACGAUCUUCGUCAAGAUCAACUUGUCAUCCAAAUCAUUACGCUAAUGGACCGACUCCUCCGGAAAGAGAACCUCGAUCUGAAACUGACCCCAUACCGCAUUCUCGCUACCUCAACCUCCGCAGGCGCAUUCCAAUUCAUACCCUCCAUGUCCAUUGCAGCAGCAGUACAAAAGCACAAGGGCAGCCUUCUCGCUUACCUUCGGUCCAACAACCCCGAUGACGCGGCGCCCUUGGGGGUAAGGAAAGAAGCAAUGGAUACCUACAUCAAGAGCUGUGCGGGGUAUUGCGUAAUUACGUAUCUAUUAGGUGUAGGCGAUCGCCAUCUAGACAACCUCCUCCUCGCCCCCGACGGUUGUUUCUUCCACGUGGACUUUGGCUACAUUCUCGGCCGCGACCCCAAACCCUUCGCCCCGCAAAUGAAACUCCCCCUCCAACUCAUAGAAGGCAUGGGCGGGCCCCAACAUCCCAACUUCCUCGCCUUCAAAAGUUACGCUUUCACCGCGUGGUCUACCCUCCGCAAAUCUUCCAACCUACUCUUGAAUCUGUUUGCGCUCAUGCAAGGUGCGAAUAUUCCUGAUAUCAAAGUAGAGAGGGAGGGCAGUGUGAGGAAGGUGCAGGAGAGGAUGUGGUUGGGUAAAGGGGAGAAUGAAGCAGGUAGGGAGUUUGAGAGACUUAUAGAGGAGAGUAUGGGAGAUUGGAAGGCGGGUGUCAUUGAUUGGGCGCAUGAGUUUGUGCAGACUUAUUGGCGCAAGUAAAUGGUGUUGUGCAGAUGCUAGACUCCAGAAUUGCAUUGAGCGAAUAUAAAUGGCUUCGAUGUGAUGAGAUGUAUAAAGAAAGACUUGCUGUGGCUAUGUGGUGAUAGAAAUUACACAAUCCACGAGACAUAGACGUCUAAGGUAGCCAGGUGGACAAGAAUUAUCAAUCUAGAGUCACCUGGUCUUCCUGGGAAUCGCACCUAUUCGCGAUUAUCCGAAGGUAAUCAAUUAUAAUAGUAGUUGUUGUAGUUAAAAGUCAACAAGCGGGUUAAGUCUUAUCACGCGCAUCU